AUGCCUCGCGUCACCCGAGCUCAACUACGCGCUCAAGAGGCCGAAGUGGGACCUCAGCUCAUUCAUGAGGACAACGAAGCAAUGAGCACCACUAACACACAAGAUUAUGAUCCCUUCUCCUCUGAGAUCUCGAUCCGACCUCCACUUGGUGAAAUUCAAAACAACAACAAUAAUGCCCCUCUCCUACCACCAGAGCUAGGAGAACAACUCACCCCUACAAACAAGAAUAAAGGGACCAAAAAGAGCAAUAUGCGCAACAGGAAAAACAUCAAGUUGACACUGGCAAACGACGAGAGUUUCUUACCAAGCCCUGAUCAGCAAGUCCUCGAGGACGAGAGCCAAAGUGACGCAAGUUCAGCCGCUGAAGCCGCUGCUGAAGAACUGAGAAGAGACAGUCUCGCGCUCGAGAUAUCCCAGGUGCUUGUUGAUAAUGCAAGACCGGUAACACCUUCAAGCACGGCUGCUAAAGAGGCGAGCAGAUCUUUGAGCAAGAGUCCAGAGAAGAGGUUGAUUGCUGUGCAAGGGCCUGUACAGGGGACCCCCAGAUUCGAUCCGCUUGUACAUUCUCAGACAUCAUUCGCGGGUCAGGUUUCAGGCCAGAGAAGUGAGGAUUCAUUCGUCAGUUCCAUCAAAACAAGAACACCAGCUCGAAUCAUGACAUCGGAGCAGCAUGCUGGCGAUGGACCUGAUUCUUUCAUGGAGAAUAUCAUCAACCGAUCACCUUCAAAGUAUGUCGCGCGUAUCGAGGACUCCGUAGAGGCGAUCGAUGCUCUGGAAGAAGCAAUCGAGCAGGUGGCCGAAGACUUACCUAAAGCCAUGCCCAGCAGCCUAGAGUCGCCCGUCAGAAACAAGACACCACAGGCGAACACAAUAAAGCCAAGCCCAAUACAAGGAGUGAUGGAUCCUGCAGCACCGUUGCAACAGACAUCGAAAAAUCCAGUAUUUCCCACUAAGGAGAAGUUGGUAGGUAAAACUCCAACGACCACUGGGCGCAAACCCCUUGCACGGGCUUCAUCUGCCCAACCUCAACCCCGAACCUCAACAUUGACGACCAUCAAAUCACGAUCAUCCACGCAACCGACCGCGUCCGCCGCCACUACCAGGCAUUCACCGCCAGCUCCGAUGACCACCACAGCUCCCAGACGAACCGCAAGCACAAGCCUCUCAACAUCAAAGCCAGGCUUCGUCCCCAUCAAAUCUGCCAAACCACCCACAAAGUCCAACUUCUCCCUCCCAGGAGAUGCCAUAUCUGCAAAAAUGAAAGCUCAGCGAGAGGAACGCCUGAAGAAGGAAGAAGAAGCCAAAACCGAAGAAGCGAGGAAGAGGACAGAGUUCAAAGCCAGACCUGUACCCAGGGCUGUGAGUUCUGCCGGAGCUGGUGGCAAGGUAAGAGUCAGCUCUGUGCUUCCGAGGGAAAAUGCGACGAGUAGAGCAAGAAUGAGCUUGAUCAUUGCCAAGAAAGAUGAGGCUGGGAAGGACAAUGCAGGGCCUGCUGCGAGUAAGGUUGUUUCAGGAUCCGGACUGGGUUCUGCUAGAGCUGGAGGUGUUGCCAGAAAAUCGGUCGUUCCAUCGACGGCUCAGUCUAGCUUUUCAGUCACCAACACGAGGACGCGUCCAUCGGUUGCGGCUGCUGCUACGAUUACAGGUAGGGUGAGCAUGAGCACCGUCUCGGCCAACUCUGCCGUGAGGAGGAACACAACACAUCAGACAGUUCCAUCAAAGACCAGACAGUCCAGCAUUCAGACCAUGUCAUCCAGUGCGAUUCAGUUUGGCUCCGAAGGUUCAUCGAACACAAACCCUGCAACUACAGCCAGGACUGGAAAAAUGGCCAAAGGGAAAGAAAUAUUCAGCCGCGGCAAACUCGCAGAGGAAGAUCUGCAGAAGCAGAAGCGGGAAAAGGAGGCGGCGGCCAAGAAGGCGAGAGCCGAGGCGGCGGAGAGAGGCAGGUUGGCCAGUAGGGAGUGGGCAGAGAAACAGCGGGUCAGGAAGUUGAAGAGGGAGACUUUACCGGUGCCUGGGAACGUGGACGGCUUGAAGAUGGUAGGGCUUGAGGAAGCUGAGGGACAGUAA